AUGGAUGCCGAUGUCGAUGCGAUAGACAUCGAUGAUGAUGAUGAUGAUGACGAAGAUGCUGGUAUAUUCAGCAUCGCCAAUUACUGCCAUAUUGAGGACGAUGACGCCCUCACUGGUGAAUUCAACGUUCUUUCAGCAGUGUACAAGAAGCGCACUGCUGUUGACAAGGAUGAAUCAGCAGAUGAAUUUUUGCUGACUCGCGAAGCGGUUGUUCGCUUUGUUCAAGACUCUAUUGCAGAUGCACUAUACAGACAGAAGAGAAACGCAGACAAACACGAAAGAGCAAAUUUUCUUUCAUUUGAUGAAGGAGACCUAGUUUUACUGUCUACAGUAAACCUACCGAAAUACGCAGUGACAAACAUGGGCAGCAGCAAAUUACUGCCCAGGUACAUCGGUCCAUUUUGUGUGUUGCGCCGCGUGUGCAACGCAUGCACGAUUGAACUGCCUCGUAGGAUGAAUACGCAUCCUACAUUUUACGUCGGAGAUCGCCGCCCGUGUUAUCAGUACGAUCCCGUUUUGAGAUGCGAAGAACACCUCCGCGGUCUAGAGUCGAGACCACCCUCGAUUGGUCCCGUUUCAACGAACCAGUCUGGUCGACUAGCGAAGCAACCUUCUCAUGCAGCUCAGCGAUGUCUCGACGAGCGGCAGCCAGCUCGUCACGAAGAGAACGAAUCGAACGUUCGUUCUCAAGUUGCGCGAACGCAAAUGCGGCACGAUCGUUCGAACGAUCGUGCGCUAAGGAGUUUUAAUUAUCAUUUACAAGGUCAUGGAGCUCAUGACGCCGAGUCCGUUCAUGAACCAAGUCAUCGUGUAACUGUUACGUUACACGGUUCAUCUCCUGAACAUCAAGCCGAUCCAACUAGCGAUUAUUCCGACGAAUCUCCGCCUCACGCAAGUCCAUCCAACGAUAGGACGCGUGGGGAUGGUGGUGAUGCACCCAUGCAUCACCACGAGCGAAGUUAUUUGAGGGAUUGGGGUAACACUGGUGCCAGUGAUCAUGCUGGCACCAAUCAAGAGGCCAGGGACCGAAAUGUCGUGCGCCACGCUUCCCCAUUGGAGUCUCCUUGGAUGACGCUAUCCAAAGAGUUGGACCGGUUGGCCGGCACGACUACCGAACGGGAUCGAAUCCUGUUGUUCGAUUGCAGGAAGAUUUGCCCACCUGAUUCCAGCACGGAAACUAUCCGUGCUGAGGAAGAGUUCUUCACAUAUGCGUUCUUUAAGCAUCGGUUAUAG